AUGACACACAAAGACGUGAUCCAAAAGUUACAGACAUACGAUAGGACUGGUAUUAACACCUUUUGGGGGCACACCUCGUCCACCGCUGAACAAGUGUUUGACAACUCCGGGGUUGUGGUCGUGUCCAAUGGUUUCAUUUAUGGAAAUGAAGUGUACAGCCUAUGCCCUGCUAGGAGAUCUCGAUCCGUGAUCCGUAAGUCAAUAGUUUGGCGAUCAUUGCAACACAAUGUGGAGGUGCAAGUGCGCAAAAGAUCAGUAUCACGUUCAGCGUCGUUGGAUCGCCGGUCCCAAAGUCCCACCCAAACCAAUGUCGGCAUUAGUGUUAAAACUAGAAAACAUUUUCCCGAAACUUGGUUAUGGACCUCAAUGCAAAUAGGGAGUAAUGGUUGCACUGUUAUCAAGAGCACAAUCCCCGACACAAUCACCUCGUGGUUCAUCAGCGCAUUCGCUAUGCAUAUGGAGACUGGUCUGGGUAUCGCACCCACACCUACGAAGGUCACAGUUUUUCGACCGUUUUUCAUCAAACUAUCGCUGCCUUACUCUAUAAUAAGGGGCGAAACGGUAGCCAUUGAGGCCAUUGUCUUCAAUUACACCACAAAACCAAUUCAAUCGGAAGUAGUAUUUCAUAACAAGAAACAAGAGUUUGAGUUUAGCGACCAAUUGGACACAAAAGGCGUAAAUGUCUCUGAAAUGAGACAAUUGGUGUCAAUCCCUGCCAACGAUGGCGUUUCGGUCACAUUCACGAUAACACCUAAAACUAUGGGUUAUAUUGACAUCAAACUGACGGCUAACUCAGCCAUGGCUGGAGACUCUGUGCUCAGGAAACUACUGGUGAAACCCGAGGGUCAGACACAACACUUUAAUCAAUCAGUUCUCGUGGAUCUGAAAGAAUCGGCGAAUGUAUUGACGAAAAAUGUCUCAAUAAUUAUCCCGAAGAUAGCGGUUCCCGGCUCUCAGAAAAUAUGGGUGACAGCCAUUGGGGACAUAAUGGGACCCAUUGUCCAUAAUUUGGAUGAUUUACUGCAAAUGCCAUAUGGAUGUGGCGAACAGAAUAUGAUGUAA